ACAUACAGAUAUCCAAACCACAGACACUAUACCUGAAGAAACAAAAAGUGCAGUCCACUCUGCAAUAUCGACGAUGGGAACGGCUCUGAUUUACGAUGUCGAGAUGACAAGAUACAAACUGCUCUGGGUUGAUCCUGUAUGCAAGAUCGAGGUACCCGAGCGUCUUACAGUGAGUCAUGAGGCGUUGGUCAGGAGUGGUCUUGCUGAUCGAUGCAUCUCGGUACCUGUUCGUGAGGCUACAGAAGUAGAGAUUUUGCUAGUUCACAGUGAGGAAUACUUGGAGGCAGUGAAAAAGACUCCUUACAUGACUCUGGAGGAUUUAAAGGAGUUCACCCUCCAGUAUGGUGAUGUCUACUUCCACCCAAACAUCUACCACUGUGCCAAACUGGCUGCAGGGUCUGCACUUCACCUGUUGGAUAGUGUUAUGACGGGGAAGGUGAGGAAUGGCAUGGCUCUGGUCAGACCACCAGGACACCACAGCAUGCACAAUGCUGCCAAUGGCUUCUGUGUGUUCAACAAUGUGGCAAUAGCAGCUCGAUAUGCCAAACAAAAGUAUGGAGUUAAAAGGAUUUUGAUAGUAGACUGGGAUGUACAUCAUGGUCAGGGGGUGCAGUACUGCUUUGAAGAUGAUCCAAGCGUUCUCUACUUUUCUUGGCACCGAUAUGAGCAUCAGAAAUUCUGGCCUAAUCUUAGAGAAUCAGAUUAUGACAGUGUUGGUAAAGAUAAUGGGGCAGGUUUCAACAUAAAUGUACCAUGGAACAAAGUGGGAAUGACAAACAGUGACUAUCUAUCAGUGUUCUGCCACAUCCUUCUGCCAGUCGCAUAUGAGUUUUGCCCAGACUUGGUCUUGGUGUGCGCAGGCUUUGACUCAGCCAUCGGUGACCCAGAGGGGAAAAUGUGUGCCACUCCGGACAUCUUUGCCCACUUGACUCAUCUUCUGAUGAACCUAGCCGGAGGGAAACUGUGUGCUGUGCUGGAGGGAGGAUACAACUUGACUUCCUUGGCCCAGUCUGUGUGUCAAACAGUUCAGACAUUGCUUGGAGAUCCCCUGCCUCGACUUUCAAAUCUCAGCGCCCCCUGCAUAAGUGCAAUUGAGUCCCUUCAGUGUGCCCGAUCAGCUCAUAGGCGGUACUGGUCCAGCCUCAAUCAUGCAGCUGAUGCACCUACCUCAGAAAUCAGCACCAAACGGGCCAAAUUAGCAGAAAAAGAAGAUGAAAGGCCAGAAAUAGAAGAGGAAGAGAAAAGCCCAGAAGAAGAAGUUUGGCCCGAGCCUCCAAAGCGCAUCUCUCCUACUAUUCGUUCUGCUUCAGUGCUUCCUGAUGACGUAGUCUGUCCAGAGGGUUGUCAACGCUACAGCUCCUCUGAGGAUCUCAAUCCACUCGUACUCAGCAAACUAAAGGAGAAUUUCCUCGAAGAUGUAGACGACAGUGAUGCUUUCACAGCCUUCUCUAAACUUAUUACCCUGAUAGAGAAAAUGGCGAAGGAUGAGAUCUGCAAUGGCUUGGCGCUGGUCCGCAACGUAACCACGGCGAUGAUGUGCGUUAUCCAGCAUUCUGCAGCUGCUCCUGGCAACCGGGUUUUGGUUGUGUGUGUCGGUAAUGGGACGAUCCCCAGCCGUAUAACCAAAGAUGGGAAAACGCUGGUGGUGCAUAUCAGCAGUGAAGACAGAUGGGAAGAGAGGAGCAAAUAUUAUAUUCCCCUGUGCCUGAAGAAGGGCUGCGGUGACACGUCAGGGUUCGUACACAUUGUGUUCGGCUUCCUCCUACCUCUGGGAUACGAGUACGACCCCAGCCUUGUUCUGCUGGUUCGGAUGCCAGAUAGUGGAGUGUGUGAUGGCGUGUGGCAGCAGCUAAUAGGCUUGCUGCAGAGCUUUGCACAGGGACACACACUGGUACUGAUCCAGGAGGAGGAGAAAGCUUUUCUGGACCUCACAGCUUCCACGCUCCUUGGGAACCCUGCACCUCCUUUGGAGCAGCUUCAGGCCCCAUUCACUGAUGAUGUGGAGGCUCUGGAGAGGCUGAGACACAGGUUGCAGGCUGACUGGAAACUCCUGCAGACAACAGUGUCGCCGGAAAGUGGAGGAGCUGAUGAAUGCUGAAACUGUCCUAUUCCUGAUUAAGCAUCGUGAUCAAAAAGAUGUCUGAUCCAUUUUUUAAUUUUUGGUAGUUUUUGUUUCCAGCUGAUUUUAUAAAUUUUUUUAUUGAUUAAUAAAAUGAGAUUUUA